AUGAAACGCCUGCUGCGAUGCUUGCGUCCCGCGCCUUCCUUCGAGGAGCCGAGCCCCGGCGGCACGGGCCCACGCAAGGGCGCGGACGACGUCCGAGGGAGGCAAGCCUUCGGCUGCGACACGCUGCCCAUCGAGCAGAACCCGGACAAGGAGCGCGUCAAGCAAAUGUGCAAGAGUGUCCAGGGGCGGAAAGUCAGGAGGGUGUAUGAGCUGGGCGACAAGAUUGGAUCUGGAGGAUUUGCAACAGUUGUGGGUGCACUGCACAAGGGGAGUGGAAAGGAGUACGCAUGCAAGAUUAUAAAACUCCCCAAGGCGGGUUGCCGGGAGCCAGGCGAACUCAUGAGCAGGGAUCAGGUGUUGCGCGAAAUACAUAUUGCCAGUGCCUUGCAACAUGACAACGUUGUUCGCUUGAAGGAGUUCUUCCUCAGCAAGAAAAAGGCCUACGUGAUCAUGGAGAUGAUGUUCGGCGGUUCGCUGGUGAACUACAUCGUGAAGAAGGGGCCCCUCAGUGAAGAAGAGGCAAGGCUGGUGUUUGCGCAGGUGCUGCAAGGCAUCUCGUACCUCCACAAAAAGAACGUGAUUCACAGAGAUGUGAAGCUUGAGAACAUUCUCCUUGCCUUCCCGGAUGACUUGAGGAACGUGAAGCUUACAGACUUUGGUUUGUCCAAAGUUUGUCAGAAUGUCACUGGGACACGGGUGGGCACGCCCGAGUACGCUGCUCCUGAUAUGUACCAAAGCGGUGACAACCGUCAGUUCUAUGGAAAAAGUGUGGACAUGUGGGCAGCCGGGGUGACCCUGUAUUGCAUGCUGGCUGGCAAGCAACCCUUUCGAGGUGGCGGGGCCGACAGUGAGGUGAUGCUCCAACGAAUCGUCCAUGCUGACUACGAAUUCGAUGGUCCAUUGUGGGAUGGCAUCUCUGAGAGUGCGAAAGACCUGAUUUCAAGCCUUUUGGUGUGUGACUCGAACAAGCGCCUGACUGCAGAAGCCGCUCUGAAACAUCCUUGGCUUGCGAGGUAG